GGGGGACGGGGCUGAAUGGCCGCUGGACCCCUGGGACUUCCCUUCCAGCUCCACCUGGUGGCGCUGAACACCCCGCUGAGCGGCGGCAUGCGUGGCAUCCGCGGCGCCGACUUCCAGUGCUUCCAGCAGGCCCGGGCUGUGGGGCUGACCGGCACCUUCCGUGCCUUCCUGUCCUCCCGCCUGCAAGACCUGUACAGCAUCGUGCGCAGGGCUGACCGGAGCGGGGUGCCCGUCGUCAACCUCCGGGACGAGGUGCUGUUCGGCUCCUGGGAGGCGCUGUUCUCGGGCACGGAGGCGCCCUUCCGCGCGGGCGCGCGCAUCCUCUCCUUCGACGGAAGAGAUGUGCUGAGAGACGCUGCCUGGCCGCAGAAGAGCGUGUGGCACCCGGCUGCCCCCGGGCAGGCUCCUGGAGCAGAAGGCCAGCAGCUGCCAGAGUGCCUUCGUCGUCCUGUGCAUCGAGAACAGCUUCAUGACCUCGUCCAGGAAGUGACCCGUGCCCAGAGGCAAAGCCAAAGAACAUUCCCCCAGCAGCUGGGCCAGGCACAGUUCCUGUCGUCUACUGUACUUGUGUAA